CUUACUUUAGUUUGUUGCCCCGCCCUGCCCUGUUUCCCCCAUCUCUUCUCCUGGAAGCACUUCCCCAAUAAAUCACUAAGCAAGAAUUCUCAUCUCAGUCUCUGCUUCCGGGAACCUGACCCAUGACACCCAGACACUAGAAACUAUCUUGUUUUUGUCUUAUUGUUUGUUUUAGGGACUUAUCUUGUUCAAUCAGUCCCUUACAUCAAAUUCCUAUCUCUGGCUCUGCUUCUAAACCUCCCCCCACACACCCCCACCACACACACCCCCACUAUAGUUUGAUAAGAGAACAUCUCCUUCACUUCUGUACAACCCCGCCUGGAACACAGCAGACAGUAACUGCUGAAUAUGGGAAGAGCCCAGGGUCUGUUUUAUAGCUAGACCGUGUGCACCCCUUCUGUCCCAGGCUGGCCCAACCUGGAGGCAUUGUGAGUCAUAGCUGGUGGACAGCAGCUUAGUGGUUCAGGGAUGGGGCCAGGCCUGGGAGAGCAGCUUGGCACCUCCGACACAUCCUCCAGUGCCCCUGGCUCGCCUUCAUCAUUCUGGACACAGGGCCUCCAGAGGCAAGGGCGCAGCCCUGGUCGCCCACGUCCUCGAGGCUCGGCACUGGGCACCCACGCGCCCCACAAGAUCCACUCGGUCCUCGCCCUGGAGGCCUUCAGGUGUCUUAGCUCAGGCCACAUCAGCCGCCUGUGGGAGCAGCUGCAGCAGUUCUGGGCCGACCACUUCUCGCAGCGCUUCUCCCCGCGGCGCCCGCCGCUGCGCCGCAUCUCCUCCAUGUCCACCUUCUACUUGCUAGACCACCGGACGCGCCAGGCCGAGCUGGGCCUCAGCUACGGCGCGCCGCGCACUCGCCUGAGCGACGAGGCCUUUGUGUUCCGCGGCGGCCAGUGGACCACCGAGGGGCAGCCGCGGCGGUCGCGACCGCUGCUGCCCUCACCCAGCAACUCGGGCUGGAAGACGCAGGUGCAGGGGGUCAACAGCCAAUUGUUGCUGGAGGAGAACAACUACCUGAAGCUGCAGCAGGAGCUGCUCAUGGACAUGCUGACUGAGACCACAGCGCGCAUGCACCUGCUGGAGAAGAAGCUCGAUUCCCAGGCCAGCCCGGCGUCUGGGGCGGGCUCCUGGCAGAGGAAGAUGCGCAAACGCGAAGGCGCGAACGCGGUGCUCUUGCUCCAGCCGCGCGCUCUGGAGUCGCGGUGACGCAAUAAAACCCGUGCGGCGCACGCGCAUUUCGCUCCUC